GAGCUGAAUGUGGAUUGUAAAACAAUGAAAAAGUGACAAAUAGUGUUUACAUUUGUUUUCUAAUUUGUUUUAAAGUUAUAAUUUUCAAAUAUAACAAAGAAUCAAAAAGUGUGCGUCAGAUUGCUUGCAAGUGAAAACAAAUACAAAUAACACAAAUAAUUAUGUAUAAUGUACCACAUAAGUAUCGUCAAGUUUGUCGAUUGUGCCUCACAUUGGUUAAUGAGUGCGAUAUCCCAGAUCUACAAAUUUAUAAUCCAAGUAGUUGUACAAGUGAGACGUCGACAACAGGCCUACAAGAGCCUGAAAAUGAAACAGUUGGCACUAGCCAAUUGAAUGCCACUAAUCCGUGCAAUAUUAAUGCGGCCAACAAAUGUGUCUGCAAUAAUGCUCUGGACCCAAAUAAUACAUGUUGCUGUGAUGGUGAUGAUAACGAGUUAUCAGCAGCAGAAAAAAGCAGCAGCAGCAGCAAUACCAAUAAUUCUCUACAUAUAAAAAACAAUUACAACACACCGAGUGUGCCUUCUUCUUCUUCAUCAUCGUCGUCUGCUGCUAACCCGCCAUGCACAACAACAACAAAUGACAACAACAAUAUUAACUACGCUCGUCGCAUGCUGCAAACUCCGUCGUCAACUUCUCCACCAACAACAUCAGCAUUAAAAUUUCCAACAACAACAGCAGCAACACAACAUCCGCAACAAGAAGUGAGAAAUAGUGAAACAACAAAUAAUCCAAUUGGCGACCAGGAGAAGGAGCAACACUUCAAAGUUAAGCAGCAACAGCAGCAGCAUGUUGGACUAUUUCAUGAUAUCGGCGAAAAUACGUCAAGCAACGAAAAUUACAAUCAAGAGCAUAAAGAUGAUUCAUCACCGCACAUUACAAUUCAGAUAUUCAACUGUCUCUCUAUUAAGCCAUUGCCCAACGAUGGAUUUCCGUCAAUCGUGUGCCUUGAGUGCCGCAUUAAACUCGAAUCAUUUUGGAAGUUCCGCAACAUGGCGCUUAAUUCGCAUGUGGCCUUGAGAGAAUUCCUGGCAAUAUCGGACUCUGAGCAUCUUGACACAAAUGAACUGGAAAUGAAACUUGAUGAAAUUUUAAAAUCCACAUCGGAGGCAAUAGCGGCAACGGCGCUGACUGAACUGAGCAAAUCGUCAAAAACAAGAUACAGCCAACGGCAACCGAAACUUGAUGGCGUUACCCUUGUAAAUGCAAAGGAAAUCAUCGAGCGCCAAAUUGAAAGCAACAUCAGAGAUAUGCAACAAGCCCCAUUAUUGUAUUCAAACCUAUUUGAGAGUCCAUCCCUAUCAUCACAAACAACAUCAUCGUCGAGCAAUGCUAUUAUUGAGCAUCGUGAGCCGAUAUUGAAUCCCGAUACCAAUAAGAUAAUGACACCGCGAACAGCAAUUAAAACGGAGAAAUAUUUUGAAUUAGAUAAUGGGACGGCGAUACAAUCAAAAGAUGCAAAAGAAGUUGAGCAAUAUAAGAACUUGCAACAGCAACUAGAGACUGCCGCAGUGCUUAUGGAUAUAAGUAAAAAAAUUGUCAUUUCACCACCAUGCUCGAAUCCCCAAUCUCCUUGUCUCUCUGCACUCUCUGCGGAAACAAGUAUUAAAAGUUCUGUGAUAAAAUCAAAACGUCCAUCAAUCGAUAACGAGAUGCUGCACGACACUGUUGAAAUCGAUUUGUCCGUGAAAAAGAAAAAGAAUGAUUAUGAAUUUGCUGCAACCUCAACAUCAACAUCAACGUCACGUAACUUUGGCCAGCAACCGCCACCGCCACCACCACCACCAAUACUUGAUGUCCAUGUGAAUGCUCCUCUAAGGGGCUCUUGCGAUGGCGAUCUUAAGAACUAUAGUAUUACGAUCAACGAUGUUGGCGGCUCAUCCAUUUACCAAUUGAACACAAAAACACCACAACAACAACAAACUAAACUAAAUACCGAAAGUAUUGCGACUUGUCUAUCGGACUCUGAGGACAGCUCUGAUUCGAAUAAACUAGAAAUGGAUAUUGCAUCGGCAAUGAAUGAUCGCAAGACGCCCGAGAGCGUCAAUUCGGAUCAUGCAACAGAUGCGGCGACGACACAACUGUGGCAAGCAUUGGCACGUUCCGCUGCCAAAAACAAAGACGAAAGUCGAGCUACGCAACUAAUACGCAGCAUGAUGACUAACACUUUUGUAUUUCCUGCGCCGUCGGCCAUCGCAUUGACAAAAGUACCUGAAGAACCACUACCACUUUUAAAGGAUAUGUCUGAAUCUCAAUCGAGUGUUGUCAAAAUAUGUAGGCGUAAGCAAAGUUUUCCAACCAAAACCGAUUGCAUUGAGUCUCCAGAUAUUAAGGUAACAGAUACAUACGUUCGCUCAGAAGGUGUAUCAAACACAUUGACAGAGGGAAUCAAAGACAAAAAGAGCAUCAAAUGCAACAGUAGCAGUAACAGCGGCAGCAGCAGCAGUAGCAGCAAUGCUUUAUCGACAACGUCGCAAAAGGAUAUGUCGUGCUCGAAUUGUGGUACCCUGACAACAACCAUUUGGAGGCGCAGUGUGCGAGGCGAGAUGGUUUGCAACGCUUGCGGAUUGUACUUUAAGCUGCAUGGCGUGAAUCGACCGCAUUCAAUGAGACGUGACACCAUUCACACUCGGCGUAGGCGGCCCAAAGAGUGCGAGAAAUCCAAGAAAAGAAAUCGACAAUUACCCUGCAACUCGGCGGCAGACUUUGAGACGCAUAACAUGAAUAGUUUCAUAGAUCACAAAAAGCUGGAUUUGUCGAUAAGUCAGGAAACACUCAGUAUUUCAGAUCAAGUAUUUAACAAAUACAAAACGGAUUUAUCUGAAACAGGAGGGGGAGCGGCAGCAACACUGAAAGAUGUUAUUUUGAAACGGAAAAAAUCACAAUCUUUGCCUGAGUUUAAUGAUACCUGCGAAGGCGAGGAACUAUCUGUACCUCUUAACCUUGUUUCCAGUGAAAAUAAUGCAAAGUUAACAUACAACGCCAAAUAAAACAAUUCAAGUAAUUCAAGCCUUCAAGCGCACACAAUUUUAUUUAUGAACUCAAACAAAAACAAAUACAAAAAUACAAAUCAAAUGCAGAAGAUAACAAGAAGAGAAAACAAUAAUAUAAAAUCGAAAAAAAGUAAUUGCAAUAUGUGUUAGACAUAUAUAUGAAUAUAUACAGAUUUAUGUAUAUGUUUACACAUAUAUAGAAUUAUAUAUACAUACAUAUAAUGCACGUAGAGUGUCACACACGAUAUAUACUUACAUAUGUAUAUACAUACAUAUAUACUCAUACUCAUAUUAAUUUGUAUUCUUAGAAACUAAUACCAAAAUACUAAAACAAGAAAAAACUCGGUUCAAAGUUUUAAUUUUAUGGUGUGAAAUAAAUUAACUUAAGCACGGACAGAAUUACUUAAUGCUUUUUAUAAAUAAAAUACAAUUUUAAGCAAUUAAAGAGAUAUUGAUAUUUAUUGAAAUACAUGCUUCAGUAUUUUUAACAUUUAAUGACACCACUUAAGUAGCUUGGCAUUAUAAAACGACACCAUCGACAAAAACAAUAUUAUCACAAAACCAAAUGCACUCAUUCAACCACAAGCAUUAUUACACAAAAUUCAAAAGUUUUUAACAAUUGAAACUGAUCAAACAUCAAUACACUAAAUUAUGGGAUACUCCAAACUAAAACUUCCUUUCGACAUCUUUCUUUCCCACUCGGACAUAUCUAUAAUCAACAUAAUCGCAAUAUAAAAAAGGAAUGCAAGUUUUUGACACUAAUAGAUAUUUUCCUAACUAUGUAAUACAUUAAAAAUUGACCAAGUUUUGGGUAUCCCUUAAUUCGAUUUUACUAAUUAGGUAUUUCGGUUUACUAAUCAAAUCAGUCUCUAACUUAUAUAGUCUAGGAACUUGUGCAUUGAUUUUUAUAGAAAUGAAUUUACCCAAAAACAAUUGAUUUAUACAUAUAAAAUUAGUAUUGAAUUCAUUUCUAUAAAAAUCAGUAUGUAUUAAAAACAAAAACAAAAUUUUCAAAAUGAUUAAAAAAUGCUCGACAAUAAGUGAUAAAAAGUUUAUAGUUUAUAUUGUCGUUGCCAGAUUUAGCCUGUAAAACAAGUAUUUAUAACCAUUGUAGGCUUUGAAGCUAAUAUGUAUAUUUUUUUUAAAAUCAACUGCUUCAAAAGAAUAUUUUUUGUAAACAAAAAUGAAAAAAUUAUUGUCAGUUUUUGUAGUUCGAAACUCAUUUAAUUUUAAUUCUGCAAACUUGUAAAAUUUGGUUGUCAAAAACAAAACAACAAAAAAAAGAUAAUAUAAAUAUAUCACAAGAAAAAUGUGCUAUUAAGCUAAUCGAAUUUGUAAUUUCAAUUACGUUUUGAAUUAAAUUCCUGUCUUUCAAAUUUGUAUAAAAAAUCUUGAGUAUUGUGUUGCUUAAUUCAUGAAAAGCAUUUUGCAAAAUUAUUGUUUAGUAUACUAUUUAAAUUAUAUAAUACAGUAUGUUUGGCAAAUAUAUAUAUUUUGAUCCAAACAAUGUUUAAAACACAAAAAAAAAAAAAACAACAAAA